AUGCCGAAGACAGUGCAGGUUCUUAUGCAAAUCCAAACGGCCGAUGUUAAUGCAAGAUCCGAGCUUAGCAACGCACAGCAUCAGACCAGCAAACACUUAGUUCCCUUUAGGGCCGCGGCUGUCCCGCACUCGAAGGCCACACAACAGACACAAGGGCCACAGAAAGACACACGGCCCACAGAACAGACACACGGCCGCAGAACAGACACACGGCCACAGAACAGACACACGGGCCACAGAAAGACACACGGCCCACAGAACAGACACACGGGCCACAGAACAGACACACGGCCACAGAACAGACACACGGGCCACAGAACAGACACACGGCCGCAGAACAGACACACGGCCACAGAACAGACACACGGCCCACAGAACAGACACACAGCCACAGAACAGACACACGGCCCACAGAACAGACACACGACCCACAGAACAAACACACAGCCACAGAACAGACACACGGGCCACAGAACAGACACACGGCCACAGAACAGACACACGGCCCACAGAACAGACACACGGCCACAGAACAGACACACGGGCCACAGAAAGACACACGGCCGCAGAACAGACACACGGCCCACAGAACAGACACACGGCCACAGAACAGACACACGGGCCACAGAAAGACACACGGGCCACAGAACAGACACACGGGCCAGAGAGACAAAAGCGCACAGGUCUCUGAACCGCCAAAGAGGAAGAGAAAAUGGCAGCAACCAGCCGACCGAUGAGCUAUACGACCACCUGGCUCAUUUCCCAGGAAGUUGUGGCUUGGGCAAAUCGAUCAAACCUGUCGUGAAGAGCAAGAGAUGGGCUAGGUUCUUGCCUGGCGGCUCGCCAUGA